UAUCAACAACCCAUGCCCGGCAAUCAGGAAAUAGACUGUUGGCUAAAGGAGUACCUGGAGGCCGAGACAGGAAGUAUGGGUCUGGCCAAACACCGGCCAGCAGUGUUUGUGGAACUAAAACCUGGAGUGGACCUGGCUAGGGUUCGUCAAUACUCAAUGUCGGUGGAAGCUCGAGCAGGAAUAACCCCCCAUUUUCAGCAACUGUUAGAUUUGGGGGUCCUACAGUCUUGCCAGUUGGCCUGGAACACCCUGCUUCUGCCUGUUUGAAAGCUUCAGUCCAUUGACUACCGGCAGGUCCAAGACCUGAGGGAGGUGAACAAAAGGGUGAUGGACAUUCACCCCACUGUCCCUAACCCAUAUACCCUCCUAAGCUCCCUGUCACCUGAAAGGCAGUGAUAUACAGUAAUAGAUCUAAAAGAUGCCUUCUUUAGUCUGCCCCUGGCCCCGAGGAGUUAACAACUAAUCGCCUUCGAGUGGUCGGACAAGGAAAAAGGAAUCAAUCAAUGGACAGCUAACGUGGACCAAACUCCCACAUGGCUUCAAGAAUUCUCCUAUUAUCCUCGAUAAAGCACUCCAUGAGGACCUAGGUGAGUUCUGGGAGAAGCACCCUGAGCUAACUCUCUCACAGUAUGUAGAUGAUUUGUUGAUUGCAGCCCAGACCAGAAAAGGGUGCCUAAAAGGGACCGGAUACCUGUUGCAGAUCAGGGGGACCUAGGUUACUGAGCCUCAGCAAACCAAGAAAGCUCAAAAAUCUGCAAGCCUAGGGUAUCUGUUAAAAGACAGGCAAUGCUGGCUAACACAGGCCAGGAAAGAGACAGUUUUAAAAAUCCCUGUACCCCAGACCCCAAGGCAUUGAGGGAGUUUCUGGGAUCUGCUGGCUUUUGCAGGCUGUGGAUACUUGGGUUUGCUGAAUUAGCCAGGCCUCUGUGCGAAGGCACAAAUGCAACUCAGCCCUUCCAGUGGACUGAGGAGAUGGGCAGAGCCUUCAAUCAAAUUAAGACUGCAUUGCUAUCUGCACCAGCUCUAGGGCUACCCAAUGUCACGAAACCAUUCUAUCUAUACAUUGAUGAGAGCAAAGGGGUUGCUAAAGGGGUCUUGACCCAGUAUCUGGGUCCCUGGAAGAGGCCAGUGGCCUACUUGUCAAAAAGGCUGGACCCUGUGGUGGCCAGCUGGCCACCUUGCUUGAGGAUGUUAGCUGCCACUGCCCUAAUGAUAAAGGACGCCAACAAACUAACCUUAGGACAAAGAGCUAUAUAUCACCACCACCCCCAUGCCAUCGAAGGAAUCCUAAAGCAACCCCCAGACCGGUGGCUAAGCAAUGCCCGGCUCACCCAUUAUCAAGGGCUGUUACUUAACCCUCUCAGAAUUACCUUUUAGGCAUCCUCAGCUCUCAACCCCACAACCCUACUACCCAACCCCGACUUGGAGGCUCCCUUGCAUGACUGUGCACAGAUCCUAGCACAGGUCCCCAGCAUCAGAGAAGACCUCCAGGACCAGCCAUUGCCGGAUGCAGAGCUUGGAUGCAGAUCCCGUUCACGGAUGGGAGCAGCUUCAUUCAACAAGGUCAGAGGUAUGUGGGCACAUGGUAGUAACAGAGACUGAAGUGGUAUGGGCUGAGCCUCUCCCAACAGGAACAUCAGCCCAGAGAGCUGAACUGAUAGCCUUGACCCAAGCACUAACGCUAGGAAAAGACAAAAAGCUGACUGUGUACACCGAUAGCCGGUAUGCUUUUGCCACGGCCCACAUACAUGGCACCAUCUAUAAGAAAAGAGAGCUACUGACAGCUGAGGGAAAAACUAUAAAAAAAAGAAGAGAUAUUGGCCCUUAUUACAACCCUAUGGUUGCCUAAGAAAUUGGCCAUUGUCCACCGUCCAGGACAUCAGAAACCUAAGGACAUGGUAUCCAGAGGGGACAAUCUAGCAGAUAAAACCGCUUGGGAAAUAGCCAUGCAAAGAGAGAUUGUGAUGAUAGCCAACCUGCCUGACCCAGGACCCCAAAGCCUACCAGAAAUGCCACAAUAUUUCAAAGAGGACUUAGAGUGGAUUAAAGGAUUGCCUAUGACUCAGUGCCUUAAUGGAUGGUGGCGAGACUCCCAAUGUCAUGUGAUAGUAUCUGAAAAGUUAGGCAACAGAAUUUUGCAAAAAAUGCAUCUCUCCACCCACAUGGGUGAGAGAAAAAUGCAGGACCUACUAAGCCAUGCUAAGAUAAAGAUUUAAAAUGCAAAUUCCAAGACCCAGCAGAUUGUUGCUACCUGUAAGGCCUGCCAGCUGAGGAAUACGGGCCACAGCACAAUCGACCCUGGGAAUCGGGUAAGAAAAGACAGAACAGGAGCCUAUUGGGAAGUAGACUUCACUGAGGUAAAACCUGGCAAAUAUGGAUAUAAGUACCUUUUAGUUUUUAUAGAUACUUUUUCAGGAUGGCAGAAGGAUUUCCAACUAAGCGUGAGACAGCUCAAGUAGUAGUUAAAAAGUUGCUGGAAGACAUCUUACCCAAGUACAGCUUCCCAGUCUUGGUAGGGUCGGAUAAUGGACCGGCCUUUAUGUCUAAGGUAAGUCAGGGACUCGUGUCUAUUCUUGGGGCAGAUUGGAAAUUGCAUUGUGCUUACAGACCCCAAAGUUCAGGACAAGUAGAGAGAAUGAAUAGAACCCUAAAAGAGACCCUAACCAAAUUGACCAUGGAGACUGGCGGAGACUGGGUAGCCCUCCUUCCCUAUGCCCUGUUAGGAGCCACUCCCUUUGAAAUUAUGUUUGGCAUACCCCCUCCCAUAAUCCCCUGCUUGUCUGAGCACCUGCUUGUAGAAUUUGAUGACUCUGACCUCUUACAUUCCCUAAAAGCCCAGCAACAAGCCCACCAGGACGAGUGGUCCCAUCUCAAAGCUCUGUAUGAAACAAGACUCCCUCCUCAGCCACACAGCUUCCGUUCCAGAGACUGGGUCUACAUAAAGAGACAUCAACAGGAAUCACUGCAACCUCCCUGGAAGGGACCAUACGGGGUGAUCCUCACAACACCCACCGCUCUCAAGGUCAACGGGAUUGCCACCUGGAUCCACUACUCUCAUGCAAAGCCAGCAGACUUGUUCUCUGUGAGGAGCGACUUCAUUCCGGAUUCGAAUUCCAAGUGGCUCAGUGGUGCUCAAGAUCCUGAGGAACAUAAGGUCUGAUGCAUGAAAGAAUCAUUAAAGUUGUUCAAGUAAUAAGGUAUAUGGCUGUAUGGAAUAGAGGUUUUGAUGUCUUUGUCCCUUUCUUUGUAGUCGCAAGGGUGAAUUUUGAGACAGUCCUAAUUACAUAUAUGAGCAUAUCUGGGAAUUGUACCUCUGCCCUGUAGCUGAGUUGGGCUCUUAGAGAAUUUCUGUAGAACUCAGUUCCACAUUUAGAUUUUCUAUUAAUAAGGCUAGUUUGAAACUUGACACAGAAUUAACAUUAAAGAUUGUCUUUAUUGUUGGUUCAUAUACUCUACAAAGAUGACCAAGGCUGAUUCAUUAAGAUCAGAGCCAGGAGGGGUGGUUCACACCUGUAAUCCCAGUAGCUCAGGAGGCUGAGGCAGGAGAAUCACAAGUUCAAAGCCAGCCUCAGCAACUUAGUGAGGCCCUGUCUCUAAAUAAAAUAUUUUAAAAGGGCUGGAGUUGUGACUCAGUGGUUAAGCACUCCUGGGUUCAACCCAUGAUACCAAAAAAGAAAAAAAGAUCAGUUAGAAUAAUUCUAAAUUAACUAGCUAUUUUACAACUAUCUUAAGAAAUUGUUGAAUGCUUUAAUUUAUAAGUCAUUAUAAAAUUAUUCUUACUAUUCCAGAUAAUCAUGUACACUCAAUUAGUAGAGGCAUAAAUAUGGCAGGACUAGAGUUAAAUUCUAAGAUUUACCUCUUACCUGAGCAAAAUAUCUGUAUAUCAUACCAAAUUUGAAACUGUCCUCAUUGUUGGUUUACUAAAGAAAACUUUUUACUUUCAAAAA